UGGCGUUUGGGGCGUCCAACAUUUUAGUUUGGCUCGUGUCGCCAUCGUGUAUUGUCGCGUUGACCGUUGGGAAAUAUUAUAAAUUAUUUCAAUUUGAUUUAUUCUUUUUAAUUAGACAAACCCUUUUGGCAAGGAAGUAAAUAUUAACAAAUAGCUUAAAAGGAAGUUACCGUGUUAACUAAACUAGCAAAUCGUUUAAUAUUGAACGACAUAUUUCCUUGAAUUGGGUUGUAUAAUAGUCACUUUUCGGUUCAAUUGAAUUUGAUUUCAAUUUGUCGGUCGUUAGCAUUUGCAACGUUGUGAGAAAAUAAAUUAAAGAGAUAAAAGUGAAUGUGAUAAAAAAAGAACCAAAAUACAACCACGCCUUAACCUUUAACAUCAAUACCAACCAACUACAAGGAUGGUGCGAGGACUAAAAAACAAAAUGUUUAAUCCAGAAUUACUCUUGAUCGUUACUUGCUUUACACUUUCAACGGCCAUACGAGUCGAUUUUGGCACAAAAGGUGGUCCAAUAGUUCCUGCUGCUCCAACAACGAGAAAACCUGUCCCACAGCCAUACCGCAACCCAGCACCAGUUUGGGAAGAUCAAUCUAAUGAUAUACCAAAUCCAAACAAAUAUCAAUAUGUCCUUCCACCACCAUCCCGACCAAAACCAGCGACAAACAACUACAAAACCUCAAAACCUAUAACAGGACAUCAAAAACCGAGAGAAUUUGUCUUUGGGAAGGUCAUUCCUCCAGAAUAUGUCAACUCAUAUCUCACUCACACUCAGACAGUGUCUGCUUUCUCACCACAAUACAUUCCCAACUAUGGUUUCAAAUAUCAUUCCAUUGUUCCUCAAAGCCAAAAAACCUACUACACCAAACACACUGAUUUCUUCUACAAUGACAAACUUAAUAAAUUCAAUGGCAAAUACAAUGCCAAAACAAAGAAAUACAAGGCUUAUGAAAAGUCAAAGUAUAAUCCUAGUGUUUAUUAUUCAAAUAUCAUUGAUCAGCCAGCUUUGUCAUUUCAAAAUCAUCAACAACAACAACUUCCUUUACUCCAAGCACCACAACCAUUUCGUAUGUCCAUCGAAGUCAUGAACCCAAUUCAAAAGGCUACUGCCGCUGCCAUUGCCACCAACAACAACGCUGUCACCACUUUCAAAAUUUCAACACCAAAAGUCAUCAACAAUUCGUAUUCCAAAGACGAUUUAUAUUCAAUUUCGAAAAAUUACAAACUGCACCAUCAUCAAACACAAAAUUCAUUUUCAUACGAAUCGAAUAAAAUUAGGAGAUGAACGAACCGGGCAGACAGAAUACACACUAUAACUUUCGAUUCGGGUUUUUAAUUUUAUUUCUUUUCUGUAAAGUUUUUAUCAAAAUUUACGAGCACAUCACGUCUGCAGUCCGUGACCUUCAUUAAAUUUAUUUUUAUUUUUUUAAUCCAAUUG